CUUGAAAAUGUAUCCUUGCUGUCUAUUCUAAUCCUGAAUACACAAGAAUCUCAAUUCAAGAUGAACAGAUGUUCUGAAAAUGUGAAUUUAAUAUCAGCCCUAUGGAAUCUCUUACCAACCUCUAGUGGUGAAAAGACGGAAGCACUCUAACAUCCGGGCUACAGUAAAUCGUAAGAGAGACAUUGGAAAACCUUGGCGACAGUGACAAUACAAAGACGUUAGUAUUGUAUUUUGUUCAAACUUGCCUUAAACGUAGUACUGGGAUAUAUAUAUUCUUCAUAAAUAAGAACACAGUCUACAUGAAACCAACCCAGAGGCCGAGAUCUGUGGAAUACCUUGGAAAUCAACAGCUGAGUACUAAGAAGAGGUGAAUGGUCGCGAUACUCGUGUGGACAUUCGAGACGCAUCUCCCUGGUAGCAAGGAAGCGCUGCAUAUUACCCUAUUCUCCUUGUUGGCUGUCCACAUACAUGUUCUUACAUGAAGAGAGGGGAGAAACCCGAAGGAUACCGACAGAUGCGACCCAAGACUUUCCCCGCGAGCAAUUACAGUGGCAACAGCGAGCAUAUGCUGCUGGAGAUCCGGGAGAGCCUGCGGAAUCUCCCCCGGCCCUCAGAUGGCUUGAAAGUGGACAUGAUAGCUGGGAAAGCGCUACCCGAUGAUCCCAGGCAGCAGGGUCGCAGUGGCAACCCCAAAAAUCCUUACUACAAAGCCCUUCAGGAAAUCCGAAAAUCCCUCAUGCCCUAUGAGUCGACUUCAAAUGUCAACAAACAAAUGAAGCUGGAGCUCAUUAAUGCUGGCUUUGAGGAGGAGAUGGCUGUGCGCGCUCUGACGCAGACCAACAGUCGCAGCAUAGAAGCUGCCAUUGAGUACAUCAGUAAGAUGAGCUACCAGGACCCAGUGAGGGAGCAGAUGGUCAUGGUCGCUGCCGCCGCCUGGCCCCUCAACGCCGGCAUGAAAGCACCAGGUGGAGCUCACAUUCAGCAGCCAGUGCUCAGGAAACCCAGCUGGAAGGGCUCCAAAGAGUCCCUGGUUCCUCAGAGGCACGGGCCGCUCAUGUCUGACGGCAUGAUGUACCGCUCCAGCAGCCCAGGCCCGCAGGGGGACCUGUCUGGACGGCCACCGCCCUCCUUCUCCCAGGGCCACCCGGGUAACAACCAGCGCGUCAACCCCCCCCUGCCUCCGCAGAUGCGCAGCGUCACGCCGCCACCCAACCGAGGGGCUACGCCGCCCCCGUCCUCCUGGGACGCCAACCCCUCCACCAAGCGCUUCUCCGGGAACAUGGACUACCUGGUCCCACGCAUCUCCCCCGUGCCUCAGAGCGGCUGGCCGGACAGCUACCCGGCGCCUCCCUCCCAGAACCAGCGAGGGAUUAGCCCAGUUCCCGUGGGCCGGCAGCCCAUCAUCAUGCCCUCCUCGGCGGGCAACAAGUUCACCUUCCCCCCUUGCUGGCCCCAGAAUGGUACCUCGCAGUCUGACUACAUGGGGCACCAGAACGUUCCCAUGAGCAGCGGCAACCGGCAACCACCACCUCCGUACCCAAUGAACCAGAACAACAGACAGAGCCCCACGGCCUUACAGAUGCAGGCUGGUGGCCCUGCCCCUUCGCCGCCCUACAUCAACGGCGGCAACAUCCCCCAGUCCAUGCUGGUGCCAAACCGCAACAGCCACAACCUAGACAUGUACAACAUGGGCGUCUCUGCCAUGCCGCAGUCUUGGUCCCAGACACCACACGCCUCUGGCCAGCCGCAGGCUUCCUCGGGGGGCAACGGCCAGGACUUGUCCCAUCCUUCGUGGGCCCACAACGUGCCUGUCCGCUCCAACUCCUUCAACAGCCCCCAGAUAAACAACCGGCAGGGCCCCCUCCCCUCCAGCUCCCAGCCCUCCGCCACCACGGUCACAGCCAUCACCCAGGCGCCCAUCCUGCAGCCCGUCAAGAGCAUGCGGGUGCAGAAGCCAGAGCUGCACACUGCAGUGGCGCCGACCCACCCUCCCUGGGCGCAGCAGCCCCCUCCGCCGCCCCCCAGCCCCUACCAGGAGAACACAUCUUCAGGACCGCAGAAAGCCAUGGCAGCCGAGGUGCCCAGCUAUCAAGGCCCUCCACCCCCAUACCCAAAACACCUUCUCCAGCAGCAGCAGCCUUCGGCCCCUUGUCCAGCUUACGAGCCCGCUUCCAAGGCAGGCACCGGACCUGAGGAGGCGGUGGCAGCGGACGACGACCAGGGCAGCAACAGCUCCACGGAGAAGGAGAGGGAGAGGGAGACGCCUGAGGCGCCCGCCGAAGGCGAGAAGAAGCAGAUCACCACCUCGCCCGUGCCGGUGCGCCGCAACAAGCGGGACGAGGAGAGGCGGGGCGAGGCCAGGGUGCCCAUCUACUCGCCGCAGGCCUUCAAGUUCUUCAUGGAGCAGCACGUGGAGAACAUCCUGAAGAACUACCACAUGAGGAUCCGCCGGCAGAAGCAGCUGGAGAGUGAGAUGCAGAGGGUGGGCUUGUCGGGCGACGCACAGGAACAGAUGCGCAUGAUGCUGAGCCAGAAGGAGUCCAACUACAUCCGCCUGAAACGCGCCAAGAUGGAAAAGUCCAUGUUCGUGAAGAUCAAGACCCUGGGCGUGGGCGCUUUCGGCGAGGUGUGCCUGGCGCACAAGGUGGACACGGGUGCCCUCUACGCCAUGAAGACCCUCCGCAAGAAGGACGUGCUCCUCCGCAACCAGGUGGCCCACGUCAAGGCCGAGCGGGACAUCCUGGCCGAGGCGGACAACGAGUGGGUGGUGCGGCUCUACUACUCCUUCCAGGACAAGGACAACCUCUACUUCGUCAUGGACUACAUCCCCGGCGGCGACAUGAUGAGCCUGCUGAUCCGCCUGGGCAUCUUCGAGGAGGAGCUGGCGCGCUUCUACAUCGCCGAGCUGACGUGCGCCGUGGAGAGCGUGCACAAGAUGGGCUUCAUCCACCGCGACAUCAAGCCCGACAACAUCCUCAUCGACCGCGACGGCCACAUCAAGCUCACCGACUUCGGCCUGUGCACCGGCUUCCGCUGGACGCACGACUCCAAGUACUACCAGAGUGGCGAUCACGUUCGGCAGGACAGCAUGGACUUCAGCAAGGAGUGGGAGGACUCGGCCAACUGUCGCUGUGGCGACCGGCUCAAGCCGCUGGAGCGCCGCGCUGCUCGGCAACACCAGCGGUGCCUGGCCCAUUCUCUAGUGGGGACGCCCAACUACAUCGCCCCGGAAGUACUCCUACGCACAGGCUACACCCAGCUGUGUGACUGGUGGAGUGUGGGGGUGAUCCUGUACGAGAUGUUGGUUGGGCAGCCCCCGUUCCUGGCCACCACGCCGCUGGAGACUCAGGUCAAGGUGAUAAACUGGCAGACCGCGCUGCACAUCCCCCCCCAGGCCAAACUGGGCCCCGAGGCGUCGGACCUGAUCGUCAAGCUGUGCCGCGGGCCCGAAGACCGGCUGGGCAAGAACGGUGCCGACGAGAUCAAGGCGCAGCCCUUCUUCCGAUCGGUGGACUUCUCCACGGACCUGCGGCAGCAGGAGCAGCCGGCACCCUACGUGCCCAAGAUCACGCACAGCACCGACACAUCCAACUUUGACCCGGUCGACCCGGACAAGCUGUGGAGCAGCAGCGACGAGGACGGCGGCGGCGAGGGCAACCACAACGACACGCUCAACGGCUGGUUCCGCAACGGCAAGCACCCCGAGCACGCCUUCUACGAGUUCACCUUCCGGCGCUUCUUCGAUGACAACGGCUACCCGUACAGCUGCCCCAAGCCCAUCGAGUACGAGGGGUACGAGGGGGAGGAGGGGGCAGCUGAGCCCGCCGGACAGGAGUCACCGGAGGCCUGCCAGGGGGCUCAAGCCUCGCCGGGGCGAGACCUAGUUUACGUGUAGGACACGUCUCGAUUGGUCCAGUCUCGCUGCAGCUCUCCACGUCUCGCGUUCCACGUCUCGCGUUCCACGUCUCGGGUUCCUCUCUUUGCUUUGAAUGGACUGUCCCACAGCAGCUCACUCCGAGUGAAAGCAGGGUAGAGAGUAGGCAGGGUCACGGUUGUUUGUCUUUAUUGAAUUAAUUUUCAUUUCCUUUUGUACAUUUUAAACCUAUAUGGUUUUAAUGGCCACAGUUCUCAAGGAACAGAUAAGUGGAGAGGGUCGAUAUAUUUAGUCUUUGUCAGAAUAAUCGCUGCCUGUUUUGGGGGCAGGACUUGGGACAUUUUGCCUCGGUUCAUUGGGCCUUAAUGAACAAGCAGGCAAAGGUCUCCUCCCAGUGAAACCUUAUGAUGUUAACUGGGGGGGGGUGUACAUCAAUUACAAUUACGCUACAGACAUAUUUAUUAUUGUGAGAUGUACAGGGUACACUUGCUCUAUGAGGUCUAAAAAGACAAAGAAAUGGUGACAAGUUUUCCUUCUUUAAAAAAAAAAAAAAUUAAGCCUUUAUUUAUUUAAAAUGUAAGUCUUGAUACACUAGGUAAUAGGCACACACUUUUUUAUUAGAGUUGAGCCUUGCUUUCAUUACAGUUUGUUGAUUUGAUGUUUGUUGAUAUAUUCAAGUAGGCCCGUUUAUCACUCGGCUUGGGUGUGGGUAGAUUAUAUGCAGGGAUGGAUGAUUAUUAUUUCCUGAAAAUAAAUGUUGCUGUGCCUUUUUUUUUUAUCUUCUCUUUCCUUUCACCAAAUAUCUAGGGAAUAAUCAGCCUCUCAAUUUAAAUGAACAAGUGUGAAACGCAGGAUUGUUGGAUUGUUCUAGUGUUUUGUCUUUUUGUCUAAUUUAUACAUAAAAUUGUAUUUAUAAAUAAUGCUGUGUACAUUUGAAGUACGAAAAUUGUCAAAACGCUAUCUCGUCAGUCAAGGAACCUAAAUCUGGAGCCUAUGCCUGUGUCUUGUUCUCAAAAGCCUUACUUAUCCACAGUAAUAACUCAAAUAAGGAAUCGCUGUCCUUAUCCAUUGCCUUGGUCUGCUCUGGUUGUCUGUCCUUAUCCACUGCCUUGGUCUGCUCUGGUUGUCUGUACUGUUCUGCACUCGCAGCGGAAGUCCGACUCAAGAGGUCUUAAACACUUAAUGUGAGUGAAGAACGAUAGGCUGUCUUUCUGUCGUGCACAUCAUGGGCUUUCAGUUGUUUCAAUGGGACAAUUGUUAGGGUCGUGCCUUCACCUCCCCAUACUCUUUCUCUCUCCCCCUCUCCCCUUCCACCUCUCCCUCUCCCCUUCCACCUCUCCCCCUCCCCCUCUCCCUCUCCCUCUCUCUCUUUACCAAAGCACUAGAUAAAGGUGUAGUCCCCCCCCUCUUGUGGCUGCCUACUUGUGAAGGACUGACACCACACUGAUUAAACAAAAAAACAAACAAACAAACAAACUGGAUUUAGAAAAAGACUAGCCCUGGAAAGCAGUGGCUUAGGAAAUCUGUCCUGGGAGUCUUGUCCAAAGGUGCACACCUUUUUUUUUUUUUGUUGCUACAAUUUGAAUGUCCAAACAGAUAAAAGGGUGUUAUUCCCUUGUGUGUUUUAUCCAUUGGUCUUCUUAGUGUCCAGGAAAAGGUUUGAAUGUAGUUAUGGGAACUAAAUGUAUAUUUUCUGCACUGGUAUUGUUAUCAUGUAAAUGCAAAUGGUUUAAAAAAAAAAAAAAAGAAAGAAAUUGGUGGAUUAUUUGUAAAAUUGUAUUUUCUUGGGGGGGAGGGGGGACGGUGCAUAAAUGGAUGGGUGACGAAUAAAGAAUGUAAAGCACAA